CGCACCGCGGGAAGUCCCGCGCCGAGAAUGCGGCAAUUGGAGCUGAGAUACAGUGCAGAAGGAAAUCCAGUAUGAUGGAUCCAGAAGAGGGCUCCAAGGAGCACCUCAGCAGUGACACAGCUGCUGCCUCUGGCAAGCAUUACCUCUGUGGCUACUGCGCAGCCUUCACCAACAUCGCUGUCACCUUCCCCAUCCAGAAGGUGCUCUUCCGGCAGCAGCUCUACGGCCUAAGGACGAAGGACGCGGUGCAGCAGCUGCAGAAGGAUGGGAUACGGAAUCUCUACCGUGGCAUUCUGCCCCCCCUGAUGCAGAAGACCACCACCCUGGCCCUCAUGUUCGGCCUGUACGAGGACUUCUCCUGCCUGCUCCACAGCCACACAAGCGCCCCCGAGCUGCUGACGCGCAGCAUGGCGGCAGUGCUGGCCGGGACCACUGAGGCCCUGCUGACUCCGUUCGAGCGGGUGCAGACCCUGCUGCAAGACUACAAGCACCACGACAAGUUCACAAACACUUACCAGGCUUUUAAGGUGCUGAAGGCCUAUGGGGUGCGGGAGUACUACCGGGGAUUGGUGCCCAUCCUGCUCCGAAACGGGCCCAGCAAUGUGCUCUUCUUCGGCCUGCGGGGACCCAUCAAGCAGUGCCUGCCAGAGGCCACCUCCUACAGUGCUCAUUUGGUGAAUGACUUCAUCUGCGGGGGCCUCUUGGGCGCCAUGCUGGGGUUCCUGUUCUUCCCAGUGAACGUCGUCAAGACUCGCAUGCAGGCUCAGAUUGGGGGCGAGUUCCAGUCCUUCUCCAAGGUGUUCCUGAAGAUCUGGCUGGAGCGUGACCGGAAGCUGAUCCACCUCUUCAGGGGAGCCCACCUGAACUACCACCGCUCCCUGCUGUCCUGGGGCAUAAUCAAUGCCACCUAUGAGUUCCUGCUGAAGCUGCUGUGAGCACCACUGCCUGCUGCAGCUCUGCUGCUUAUUGGGGAUUGGCACGUGUGGUGCCACUGCGAGCCAGGGAGCAGUGCUUGAUGCUGCCACAGGCAACUGGCCUUUGGUACUUGGGGUGACUGGUGAUGCACCCAAACCUUGGUGCAAUUCAUAUGAACACUUAGAGGUAUUUAUUUCUGGCAGGUGAGUUUGCCCAUCACGGAGCUACUAGGCAAGUACAAGGCUUAAAAACAAAAAAGACUUUUCUUGAUCCAGCAGCUGAUUCUGUAUCACACCCAAAAUCUCUCAGUGCUCCAUGAUGGAAUGUGCUCCUCUGCCCACAUUGUAGAACAUGAAAAUCAAGGAGGGGCAAUUACCUUGCCUCACAAACUUCAAAAUGGUGAUUUAAGAACUGCAUUUCCACUGUUUUAGGGUCCUAAGUAAUCCUUACUGUUUAAAGCCAAAAGGAUGUAUCCAGAUGGGGAUGACUGAAGUUUAGAACUUCAAGCUUACGCUAAGCCUACACAGACUCUUCUGCCAGCUGCCCUGGUGCUGGCUGUAAGGUGAUUGUUUCAUUCAGCAGUGUGAGGGUGGCCACUGAGAGCUCGGGAGUUGCAGUGUGAGCUGGCUGCAGCUCACCUGGAAUCUCUGAGUGUGCACUGUGUGCCUUCAUGUGAAAAGGGAAGAGCUGAAGUGAAUUUACUAAAGCUUUAAAGUGUCCUUCCUUGUUAAAAACCCUUCUGCUUGUGAACAUGGAGUUUGUUUUGCUUUUUUAUUUGGAUUUUUUUUUUGCAUUGCUGUUUUUUCUGUUGCUCUCAGCUGUGGGGUCAAGAAGAAAAUGGCCCUUAAAUAGUUCAGCUUCUGCAGCUGCAAAGGUAGCUCACAAACACAGCUCUCCUGUGCUGAGGGGUCUUUGCAAACACUUCUGUUUCAUUUUGGCUGUGGAAUCAUGGAUCACAGUGAGAUAUUUUAACCUGGGACUUACUCUGCCUGCUCAAUGUGUGCUCCACAGUCCCCUCAGAUGGGGCUGCACAGUAGCACUGACCAGGGGGUUUCUGUGUAUUUCCCACUUUAUUGGAGGUCUGUGAGGGUAGCAGAGACAAAGGUGACCUCAGAGGCAGCUGGGCAGAACAGAUGCAGCCUUUGAAGGUAUAUUUAAGGACAUCUGUAGGUGAGUUUUAAAAAGCCUUAGAGAAAUAGGAAGUGGUGUGUGUCCUACAGACCUGGGAGUUGAGGGAUGUGAGACUUCAGGCCUUAGGGAGAGGAGCAGAAGAGCAAGCAUGACCAUAAACUAGGAGAGGGUCUUAACAAAACAGCAUGUGCUUUCCUGGGGGACUUUGUUUCAUGAAACUAUAUAUGCAAAACAAAAUACUUUGUAUGAUGGGGCAGGAAAGCUUCCAGAAAUUGGUCUGAAGUGGGUCUUUUCCCAAGUUCUGGAGGAGCUGUUACUGCUCUUAUUUUGAGUUUUCCACUUGCUAAACUCUCCUCAGAUACUGACUCUGAUCAGUGCAUUACAAGCACAGUCCCUACUUUCUCAGCCAAGACCAGCCAGGCACAAGUGAGCUUUCCUGUAUCUGAUUGUUGUGAUGAUCUGCAUUGAAAUAAAACGUUUGCUUGUGUUUGUUACUGGCAGAAUGUGAUUUUUAUCAGUGAAAUGUUUUUUGUAAUCACUCCUCGAUGGAAUAAAA